AUGGCCGACCUCCAAGAGGCACUCGAGUGCCUCUCGCCCACGACGUGGGACUCGAUCCCCAGCAGCGACCCCGCCGCCCUCCGCGCCUAUCUCAACGACCUCUCCACCAAAGCCCGGCUGAUCAUCGAAUCCGUUCCCGAACCUCCCCUUGACGAAGAGCCUCCAUCGGCACCAAACAACAACAGCAAUCCCAACCACCCUGCCGCCGCAGCGCUCCCACCCCCACCACCCUCCGACCCCUCGAACCCCCACCACAAAGAAUGGAGCAAACCCAUCAAGGUCUCCUCCGCCAAGGAGAACCCCCUCCACAUCCCGAUCUACAAGCUCCCCGGCUCAGACGGCAAGGGCCACUGGUUCGGCCGACGCAGCGUGUUCGAGGGCCUGCCGUUCACGAAAUGGCACACCAAGCUGAGCGGCGAGAUGGGUCACACGCUCCGCAUGAACCAGCAGCAGAUCCAGAAAGGCAGGCCGCCCGACCAGGCUGUUAGGGGGAUUGGAGCGGAGCGCCUGGUCGAGGAUAUCGAGGUGAAGAGCGAGGAUGGGGAGCGGGUGCUGGGUCGGGUGCAGGUGUAUCAUGUGUCCGCCAUGUUCCCCAAGCCCACGGCCGCGCGGGACUUUGUGAGUCUGAUUGUUAGCUGGGAGGUGGUGACGGAGGGGUUUGAUGGGUUGGGCGGAGCGGAGGAGCAGACGAAGGGGAAUGGGAACGGGAACGGGAAAGGGUCGAGGCGGUGGAUGAUGGUUUCGCGGCCGUGCGAGCAUCCCGAUGUGCCGCCGACGCAGCAUUACAUUCGCGGGCAGUAUGAGAGUGUGGAGUUUAUACGGGAGCUUCCGGUCUAUGAUGAACUUCCUGCGGAUGAUGUGCAGGGAGCGCCGGGCAAGAAGAUGAAUCCGGUGGAGUGGGUCAUGGUCACGAGAAGCGAUCCCGGGGGGAAUAUUCCGCGCUGGAUGGUGGAGAAGGGGACUCCCAAGAGUAUCUGUCAGGAUGCGAUCAAGUUCCUGAAUUGGGCUUGUCGGGAUGAUACCCAUAAGAAGCAUGCGCAUCAUCGCAAGUCGACGGACGCGCAUCACCCGCAUCACCCGCAGCAGCAGCAGCACUUGAAUGACGCGGGCGCGGAGGCAUCGGCGGAGGAGGACGAGGACAGUCUGUCGGAGGAGUCGAGUGAGUCGGACUUUGUAGACACCGAGGUCGAGCACCACGGUCUCAUUGCGAGUUUUGCGUAUCUGGUCAAUGCCGGACUGGAGCGGUAUGCUCCGCAGGCUGUGCUGGACUACCUCCCCCACGGCCAUUCGCGCCAGUCGUCCGUGGUCAGCGAUGCGCAGGAGAAUGGCUAUCCGACAGAACACAAAGAAGCUCCGCCGGCCGCACCAGCGACCCUCGACAAGCCUGCCGACCCCGAGUUCAAUGAUGCUGCCUCGCAGGGGAAAGCCUCCGUCGCCUUCUCCGCCAACUCGGCCUUCGACUCCGCCGUCGAAGCGCCGCCGAACGUCUCAGCCAUCGAACAGAUGACGCUUAACAAAAAGGGCAAACUCUCCUCGCACGAGAAGCAGCUGGCCAAGCUGGCGGAGCGCAAACGCAACGUCGAGGCGCAGCUGGACCGCGUGCGCUCGGAGAUCCAGGCUCUGCAUGUUGACGCGUUAGGGGCUGCUGAAAGCGGCAAGCGGGACAAGGCAUCUGCGGCGGCGCUGGCCGCGGCCGGAGACCCAGGCAGCGAGCAGCUCAGCAGCAGCCCGGGCAGCAGCAUGCACCGCGGCGUGGCGUCCAACAACAGUGCCGCUAGUAGCGCAGCCAACCAUGCGUCCCCCAGCAGCAAGGACCGCCACGAGGCGGCGCGGAUGCACAAGGUGGCGUCCGGGCUGUUCAGUGAAGAGUCGAAGUUGCUGAAACAGCUGGGCAAGAUCGAGAAGGAGCAGGUCAAGGAGGCGUCGAAGAUUGAGGCGCGCCAGCAGAAGCACGCCGAGAAGCAGGAGAAGACGCGGGCGCGGGGCGAGGCGGAGGCGCUGCGGCGCGAGGUCGAGAUGCUGAAGAAGGAGGUCGAGCGGUUGCGGUCGGAGCGCAAGCAAUGGUUGGAUCUGAUCGGGUCGCUGCAGGCGGAGAAUACGAGGUUGGCGGCGCAGGAG